GGGAGGGAUCCGGUAAGAACCCCUCCUUAUAUAAGAACCCUAGUUAUAUAAGAACCAAUCUCAGCCGUAGGAUUAAGGUAAUUUAGACGGUUAAGAUUAAAACACGUAUUUUUCCUCAUACCCCCUACGGCCCUACCACCCGAUCAAAAUUUUCUCUCUCCUCUAACUUUCUCUCUCUUCGUGCUCAUCACAUUCUCUCUCUGAAAACCCCCAAAAAUCUCCAUAGAAAUUGCAAUUUGAAGGAUUUUCGACUCAGGUAUGUUUUUUUUUUUCGAUUUUGUUCAAAUUUCCAUGAACUUAGCAUGUUGUUCAAGUAGAUUUUGCGAUUUUUUGUUUUGAUUUUUGCGAUUUUAUGUUUUCCGAUUUUUUGAUUUGAUUUUGCGUUUUUUUUUUUUUAUUUUGUUCAAAUUUCCAUGAACUUAGCAUGUUGUUCAAGUAGAUUUUGCGAUUUUUUGUUUUGAUUUUUGCGAUUUUAUGUUUUCCGAUUUUUUGAUUUGAUUUUGCGUUUUUUUUUUUUGAUUUUGUUCAAAUUUCCAUGAACUUAGCAUGUUGUUCAAGUAGAUUUUGCGAUUUUUUGUUUUGAUUUUUGCGAUUUUAUGUUUUCCGAUAUUUUGAUUUGAUUUUAGGUUUUUAAUUGAAUUUUGAUUGUCAAUUUUGUGCUUUGUAACUGAAAUUGGUGGUAAGUUUCUGCUGGUAAUUAGAGUUUUGCGUUUUAAAUGAAUUUUGAUUGUCAGUUUUGUGCUUUGCAACUGAAAUUGGUCCUGAGUUUCAGUUGAUAUAUUAGAACCUUGCAUUUUAAAUGAAUCUUGAUUACCAGAUUUGUAAUUUGACAUAAAUUGCUUAUGAAAUUUUCCACUUGCUCUUUUUAUUUAUUUUUGGAUAUUUUACAAUUAGUUAUUUUCCCCCCCUUAGAAAAACUAUUCCAACCUGGAAAGUUAUUUUCAUCCACUUACAAACCAAGCUAAGGAAAAUUGGAAAAAUUAGUGAUUUUUUUGAAUUUUGAUUUCGAAAUUGGUGAUGUUGGUGCCAUUGCCCCUGUUUGUAGGGGUUGUGGUGUGGUGGUUGAUUUAUGCAGCAGCAGCUAAUUGGUUAGGGGUUGUGGGUAGUGAACUUGUGAUUGCAGGGCUGAAAAUAAACUUUAGAACAUAGGUAGAAAAAAUUUGGAACAUAGGAAAAAAUUAGAACAUAGGUUGAAAUAAUUUAGAACAUGGGCUGAAAAUAAACUCAAUCAAACCUUAUCAUGUUUCUGUUUCAUUUGUCUUUUAAAUUUCUAGUUUACUCAUUCUAUUUUGGGUUUUUCACUCUCCAGCAUGUUCUAAACUCUUUUUAAGCAUGUUCUAAACUAUUUUUCAGCAUAUUCUAAAUUAUUCCUAUGUUCAAAAAUAUAAUAAUAAUGUUGGAAUGUUAGUAAUGUUUUUGAUUUCUUAAUGUUGCAGUAAAAUGCAAGGCCAAAAUGAAGAAAAAUCAGAAGGAGGAGUUACUAAUAUACAAGAAGAAGAAAUUACUUAUGUAAGAAAAAGGAAAGUUGAAAACGUUGAAGCGGAAGUAAUUGAUAGAUCGGAAUUUGAGAAGCAUAUUGAAAGUAAAAGUGUUGCUAUAAGACAUAGAAAACUUCCAACAAGGCUUCAACCACCUCGAAAAUUGCAAAAAAAGGAAGGAAGAGAAAAAGAUCAAGAAGAAGGAAAAGAUCAAAAAAAAGAAGAGGGUAAUAAUGUUGAGGAUGAUGACGAGAAUAAUGAUAGUGAAGAUGAUGGUGAGGAUGAUAAUAAGGGUGAUGUAAAGAUGAAAGAGAAAGAUGAAAAAGAGGAGAUGGAAGAUGAUAGUGAGGAGGAACAAAAAAUCAAUAAAAAAAAUCAACCUCAGGUAAUAAUACUCUUUAAUCUUUACAAUCUUUAUUUUUAUGUUCUAAAGUGCAUGCUUAUGUUCUAAUUUUGCUUAUCUAUGUUCUAAUUAUGUUUAUCUAUUCAUGGUGAGGAUGUGAAGAAGAAGAAAAGAAAGAUUGAAAAAGAAGAAGAUGGUGAGGAUGUCCAAGUAGUAGAAGCUAAUGAGCAAGAUAAACUAGUUAAGAGGCAACCUUAUCAAAGAGUACCUCCUACUCAAUUCAUGAAGGAUGUGUUGAUAAAUCUUUCGGAAAAACAAAAGCAAGCUAUUCGGAACAUUGGUUUUGGAGGCUUUUUGGAAUUGGAUUUACCAAUCCAUAUUAAUUCUAUGUAAGUAGUAGAAUGUUAUGUUCUAAAAUCAUAUUCUAAAAUCAUAAGUAUUAUCAAUGUUAUGUUCAAAAUUAUGAUUUGUCAUGUUUGAAUUGCUAUACACUAAUGUUCUAAA